AUGUCUGCGUCCUUCAGCGGCAGCAGCAAAGGCAACCCCAGCACCCUACAGACACAGAGUCAAGAAACUUUCCCCCAGGAGCAGCACUCGCAAGAGCAUCUGCACUGGGAGCAACAAGAACAAGCUGCACCCGAUGAAGACGCACUGUUUGAAUUCGUGUGGGAAACAGAAUUCGAUGGAGGUGCCUCUCUCUUCUUGAACCACGAAAAUGGUGAACCCCCCCACGCGGCCUGUGACAGUGGCGGCAACCGCAUCAACAACAGCUGCACGCCUCCCUGCACCGCUGCGCUCUUAGACGGGGUUCUCGAACAGCGACAUUUGCAGCAGCUCGACGAGUUUUCCCAGCAGAUGCAUCAGACGCAGCGAAGGGAGUGGCUUGAUCAGCAGGAUGAAGCCUCCUGCUCUCCUGGGCCUACUGCCCCCGAGAAAGAGAACGCCUCAUCAGCAACACCAUCAACACCAUCAGCAGCAGCAGCGACAGCGAGACGGCAUGUAUUGCGAUUGCUGCGUGAACAAGCUCAGGCCUCUGUCCUUGCAGAAGUUUCUCCUGAAGUGCUUGUUGAAGCAGUUGCAGCUGCAGCUGCAGAAGGGCGACCUGCUGGGAGAGCCUUUGCGCAGCUUGGAGCGAUCGAGGGAGCUCUUGUGCUGCAAACGAGGAAAACAGGCUGUCUCCCUGUCUCUUUACUUGCCAGCGCUGCCGAUGCUUUCCGCACUCUGCGUAUCCCGCACACGGACUUGUUGGUUUGCAACAUCCCCUCGAUCGUCGCAGCCCUUGAGGAAGCCUUGCAGCAGCUCGACGCGAGGAGAGCCUCCGAGCCAGCUGCAGAAAAAGCUACGGCUCAGGCGGCAGCAGCAAGCAAGUGGGCAUUGCCGCUGCUUGAGUGUUUUACAGCGGCUCGAGUUGCUCAUAAGACGACGCAGGACUUGUUGCUGCGGCUUCUACUGCUUCCACCCGUUCUGCAGCAACUGCAGCUGCCGCAACUCGCCUCGCUUGCCGUUUGCGCUGCUUCGCAGCCUCUCCUGGAGGUCGGCUACCGACGUCCUACUGUGUGUCUCUUGACUUCGCUUGCUACCCGAGUGUCGGAGAUCCUCAAAGGCCUUCCCGAGGCUCUUCAGAGGGGGCACAGCGGGGGAGAGAACCACAGCAGCACGCGGAGUGAGCCAGCCAUCCUGUCCAAGAGCUUCCUUCCCCCCUAUGGAAGCUUUCUGGGGCCUCUCCCCAGCCGCAGCGCUGCCUUCCUCGUGUCUGCCUUCAGUCGAAUCGAACGGUGGGAAGAACCACCGCAGGAAGCAGCAGCAUGCAUGGCCUUCAGGGAUCGCUUGCUGCUGGAGCUGCUUCCCCCGGCCUUGUGCAGCAUGACGGCGUGGGAGCUGGGCAUCACAGCAAACGCGCUCAAGAUAUUCCACGACCAGCUCGAGACUAGCAGCAGCAGAUGCAGCAGCAGCAGCAGCAGCAGCAAGAACAACAAGAACAACAACAAGAACAACUGCUGCUCUUACCGCCGUGUUGGAAGCGUUGGAAUGCUGCAACAGCGCCCAUUCCAGGGGCAGCAAGCUCCCUGCCGGUCUAACAGCUGGCAUAGCGCUACAGCUUCCGCGACUGUUGCAGUCCACUGCUCCUCCUGUUGCUGUGCCGCUGUUUGUGGCCAUGGCUGCCUGUGGCCUUUCGUCUCCCGCCAUCUCGUCCUUUAUGCUCUCCUACUUUCAAAAGAAGCGCCUCCUUUUCUCUUCGAGGCAGACGCAGGCAGGCCUAACACCCUAAACAGUAGAUGCUUUGCAGCAGGUGUGCGAGACAGGUGGACUGGCCGCUGUGUGAGCCGUCGCUGGAUAAUCACAGCUCCUUGUGCAUUGCCUUGCGAUAGUGCCGCCCUUUCUGCCUCUGCUGGUCGUGCGGCUGCAGGUCUUGAUGCGAGUUUUGCUUCAGGCGGGCUAUGUCCCGGCUGUGCUGAGGUGUAUAGAUCCAUAGCAGAGCACUGGAGGCAGCGCAAGGAAGAUUUCGCACCAAAUCAGGCCUUGAGUUUCGCUAGUGCUCUGCUGCAACAUGCCUCCCUGAGACAAUUGCAGCAGUUACUGCGCGGUUCCGCAGCAGUUCAGCAGCUACUGCUGGAUGCUCUGCACACUGCCGCACAAGGAGCAGUCGCUGAGACAGGAGAAACCACUAAAGGGGCCGCAGCAGCAGCAGCAACAGCUCCAGGAGGGCCUAGUGGAGCAAGUGCUCCGCCGUCACGCAGCUUGAUGCUGCGAAUGGCAGCCUCCGUUGCUUGUGCGUCUCAUGUGGUGAGAGCCGCUGGAUGCUGUAGCGGAGGCAGCACUCGCAGCAGCGGAGACCGAUGGAUUACCGCAGGCAGCAACGCCAAGAACAAGCACAAUACCCGUGCGACAGCCAGCAAGGGCGCAGCGCAAUGCACAGAAGCAUUCGUUGAUAUCGUCGUGAAGGGCUGUAGUAGAGGCACGUUACACGAGGCAAACAAGGACUGGAACUUGCUGCAAGAGACACAGCGGCUCGCUGGCUUUGCAGGCAGCCAAAUGCUCCAGCAUUCAAGCGAAUCGCCAACAGUUAUUGCGGGAGCAGCCGGAUCCCUUGCUCUUGCUGAAGACAGCCAGGCUAUAUGCAGUAAAAAGCACCACUUGCGAGAGCUCAGGACUAGCCACACUAGCCACGGCCGCUUCCCCUCUCUAGACGAGAGAGGAAGCGGUUGCUGGUUAUUUGGCGAGAAAGUGCGACUGCUCCCCUAUAACUGCAGCACUGAACACAGCAGGGAGGACUUAAAUGCGAUUUUGCUGCUGAUGAACGAACUCUUGGAUGUGGAAAAACAAGCCGCCAGAGAUCCCCUCCCGCCGCGAGCUGUAGCGGCAUCUAGCACUGCAGCUCCUGUCUCAGCAGAAAGCCUGACAUCCGAGUCAUCAGCUUGCACAGCUAAAGAAAUGAUGAAGUCAGCCCUGUUUGUUGAGGAUGCAACGCAACGCCACAUCAACGGCCUUUGUGUUUUGGUGCCUAAAGCCUUGGCUCGCAUGAGCAUGUGCAGCAGCAGCGAAGGACUGCAGACAGGAAAUAGGGUCUUGUCGCCUUCUGUCGCACAUAGAGCUGAGCAACCCCAGCUGCAAUCCAAAGUGGCAGCCCCUACCGAGGUACACGCUUUGUUUGUGUUGCUAGAUGAUGCCCAUUGUCUAGCACCCAUGAAGAGUGGAAGACAGGCGUCAGUUUUCUCACCAUCUCACUGCCUGAAGGAAGCUGCAAACCGAGACAUCAGCAACCUUCGCCUUUUGAAGUUCUACAACGAAGACGUUGCAGAGCCACGGCCCGUGUUACUACUGCUGCCGCAGUGCUCACUGCAGCAGGAGCAGCUUCAUGAGAGUGAGUGUUUUCGCGCUGCUGCCUGA